AUAUUAAGUAAAGAAAUAAUCAAGCAAUAAAAACAAAAAUUAUGUUUUGGAAACUAAGAUUUGUAUCUACUUUAAUUAUUUUUGGUUUUAAUUUUUUUGUGUGUGUGUGUGAAAACAAGUUUUCAUCUUCGAUAAAUUAUAACGAUGGAAAAUCGAAAGUUUUUUUUGUUUCGAUGAAAAGGAUAAAUAACACACGUUUAGUAACUAACUCUCCUUUGAUGAAUAUAAACGUAGUGCAUCAGUCGUUAUGUUUGCAAAAGUGCGUCCAAACAACCUUAUGCACAUCAUAUAAUAUCUUUGUAGACAAUCAAAAGACGUUUCAAUGCCAGUUGUUAUCAGAAAACAAAUACUCUUUCCCUAAUUUGAUUCAGCACAGUGAUGGAUGGGUUCAUGCGAGUAUUCAGAGUAUUCCUUGCGAGAGAUCACCUUGUAAAAACAAUAGCACGUGCAUACCAAUGUAUACAGAAAACAGCUAUUAUUGCAACUGUUCUGUAAAUUACCAAGGUCUUUUCUGCGAAAACUCUACUUCAACUGCACGUUGGAAAUAAAAGAUUGUUAAAAAAAACUCUAAACAUAAAGCUUCACAUGCAAAAAUUUAUCAAAGAGUGAAUGGUAAAACCUUUUAACUUGAAAAGCACAAAGAAUGUUUAGUUUUUUACAAGUCGUUUUUGACACCCUAAUUUUUAUUACAUAUUUUUGAAACCAUUUGUAAAAAGUUUAUUAUUUGUUUUAAACUGCU